AUGGCGCUGCGGCGCAAGGGGAGGUCGGCGGGGCGGCGGGCGGCGGUGAGGUGGUGGCUGCUCUCCCUCCUCGGGGCCGGCGCCGCCGUCACCGCCGCGGCCGCGCUGCUCGCCGUCGCGCUCCACGUCUCCGCGUCCGCCACGUCCGGCUCGCCCUACCGCCUGGCCAAGCAGCCGCGGGAGGCCGAGGAGCUGCGCUGGGAGCAGGAGUUCGCGCCGCCGCAGCUCGCCUCGCCGCACGCGCGGAAGCUGGACGGCGCGGCCGAGGACGCGCCGGAGAAGAGGCUGUGGCUGCCGGCCCCGUCGCGCCGGUUCGUGCCCUGCGUCUCGCCGUCGCUCGAGUACAGACGUCCGGAGGCAUCGAGGGGGUACCUGCUCGUACACACCAAUGGCGGGCUCAACCAGAUGCGCGCCGGGAUCAGUGAUAUGGUAGCAGUUGCACGAAUACUCAAGGCUACACUUAUAAUCCCAGAACUUGAUAAGAAAUCGUUUUGGCUCGACAAAAGCAACUUUUCGGAUGUCUUCGACGAAGAACACUUUAUACGUUAUUUGGCAAACGAUGUGAUAAUUGAGAAAAAGUUGCCAAAGGAAUUGGUGAAAGCACCAAAAUCUGUUAGGUACUUCAAGAGUUGGUCUGGAGUAGAUUAUUAUCAGGAUGAGAUUUCUCCACUAUGGGAGCACCGUCAGGUUAUUCGAGCUGCUAAAUCGGAUUCUCGCCUUGCAAACAACUUCCUCCCUCCUGAUAUUCAAAAACUUCGCUGCCGGACCUUUUUCCAGGCACUUAGAUUUGCUCCCCCAAUCGAAGCUUUAGGCAAUCUUUUGGUGGAGAGGAUGAAAGCAUUUGGACCAUAUAUUGCUUUGCAUUUACGCUAUGAGAAGGAUAUGCUUGCUUUUAGUGGGUGUACGUAUGGUCUGUCAGAGACCGAAUCAGAGGAGCUUGCAAUGAUCAGAGGAAACACAACCUACUGGAAGGUGAAAGACAUUGAUCCAUUAGAACAAAGAUCACAUGGUCAUUGUCCCCUGACGCCAAAGGAGGUUGGAAUGUUUCUUUCUGCCCUAGGAUAUCCAUCAAGCACCCCAGUUUACAUAGCUGCAGGGGAGAUAUAUGGAGGUGAAUCUCAUAUGGUCGAUUUGCAAUCCCGAUUCCCAAUUCUGAUGAACAAGGAGAAACUGGCCUCUGCUGAAGAACUGCGACCGUUCAGCCAAUACGCUUCUCAAAUGGCAGCUUUGGAUUACAUCGUUUCAGUAGAAAGUGAUGUAUUUAUUCCAUCAUAUUCUGGGAACAUGGCACGGGCUGUUGCCGGUCAUCGGCGUUUCCAUGGCCACAGGAAAACAAUCAGUCCUGACAGGAAAGCAUUAGUUCAUUUGUUUGACAAAGUUGACAGUGGAUUACUCGAUGAAGGCAAAAAGCUAUCGCAAAAGAUAAUAGAAAUGCACCAGAAGAGACAAGGUUCUCCUCGGAAACGGAAAGGUCCCGUGUCCGGGACGAGGGGCAGCGAUAGGUUUCGGUCAGAGGAGGCAUUUUACGAGAACCCUCUUCCUGAUUGCCUUUGUCAAUCGAAUGACGAUUCUAUUGUCAGCAUAUAA